GCGGCGCGCGUUGCAAGCAGCCAAUCGGGGGGUGGUGUCGGUUGUUGUUGCCCUGCUAGGCGGCUGCGCGGUGUGAGCUGGGUCGUUGCUGUCGCCGAGGGAGGGACGUGGGGAGGCUCUAGGCCGUGGUGCCGCUUGCCUCCCGCCGCCCCCACUGCCCCGCGGCUCUGCAGCGGGCGGGGAGAUGCAGCCCCCGGGCCCUCAGCAGCCGCCGCUCUAUGCGCCCAGCAACGGGGACUUCACCUUCGUCUCCUCGGCCGAUGCCGAAGAUCUUAGUGGCUCCAUAACAACUCCAGAUGUUAAGCUAAAUCUUGGAGGAGGAGGAGAAUUCAUCAAAGAAUCUACUGCAACUACAUUCCUGAGACAGAGAGGGUAUGGCUGGCUUCUGGAAGUAGAAGAUGAUGACCCAGAAGAUAACAAGCCACUCCUGGAAGAACUGGACAUUGAUCUGAAGGACAUUUACUACAAAAUUCGAUGUGUGUUGAUGCCUAUGCCAUCUCUUGGGUUUAAUAGGCAGGUAGUGAGAGACAAUCCAGAUUUUUGGGGUCCUCUGGCAGUUGUCCUCUUCUUCUCAAUGAUUUCGCUAUAUGGACAAUUCAAGGUUGUUUCUUGGAUUAUAACUAUUUGGAUAUUUGGAUCCUUGACAAUUUUUUUAUUGGCCAGGGUUCUUGGAGGAGAAGUGGCUUAUGGCCAAGUUCUUGGUGUGAUAGGAUAUUCCCUACUUCCCCUCAUUGUCAUAGCACCUGUACUUCUGGUGGUUGGAUCAUUUGAAGUUGUUUCCACACUAAUAAAGUUGUUCGGUGUAUUUUGGGCUGCAUACAGUGCUGCAUCAUUACUAGUUGGAGAAGAAUUCAAGACCAAGAAACCCCUUCUAAUUUAUCCAAUCUUUUUACUGUACAUUUAUUUUUUGUCUUUGUACACCGGGGUGUAAUCUAGUUUAAGAAUGUGGCCAGAAACCAUAUUUUAAUCACUUGCAGACUGAUAAUGCAUAAGACUAAGAAGGCUGGAGAUAGUACAAGUGACUGUUUUGUAUCCAGUUGUCAAGAUGUUUUAAGAUCGAAAAGCAUAUUUGUGUAUAUUAUUUAAUGAAGCAAUUGUAGCUAUAUAGAUUUGUAUCAAAGUUCUAGGUUUGUUUAAGACUCUCUUCAGAUUUUAAUGAACAAAAUACAAGAACCUUGUGUUUUAUAACAAAGUGUAGCAAAAAUACAGCUUGAUACCUGUGCCAAAAGCACUAGGACCAGAUUACUAUAUUUGAGGAGAAAAAUGAGAAGUUAACUCUAACAAUCUCAAAGUGCAAUUUUUCUUUUGAGCUUAAACACAGCUGGCUUUUUUGGCACAGCAAAUUCUGUAGAUAAUAAUAUAUAUUUAUGAAACAGUCCUGAUUGUUCACAGAAUAGUCUGUAUAAUCAAGACAUGAAGAUACUGCUUUUAAUUUAGUGCCUCAAUUAUUUUGAUUUGGCUAUUGAGUUUUUAUAAAUUCCAAUUUGUUUUGAAAAAAUGUAUAUACUGUGUAUUUUGUAUCUAUGGCUUGCGUAUAGCGUAAAUACUCCUUGGUUAAGGAUGUAUAUUGGGUUUUUAAAAACUAAAAAUACAAGUAUUUGAAGUCUUCAUUUACUAUUUCUGACCAAAGGAGCAAGGCAUUUACUGCGUGACAUAAUUCUUUAAAUUGCUUAUUUACAGAAUCAAAUUAUUUUAGUUUGAAUUUAGAGAGAAACAGGCAAACAACUUUGUCAACUAUAGUGCUGGCUUAAUGUUGGAAAAGAAAGAUUCUAUCAAAUUUGUGAGAUCUUUAAACAAUAUUAUUUUAUGAUCACAAAAUAAAAAAAAUGCUUCCCUAACUAUGUUUUAUAACACCUUGUUCUGUUUUGUGUUUAAUAGCAUGGUAUUUAACAUGCAUCUAUUGUUUUCCAAAUACUGUGUAUCCAUUGUAAAGCAAAAUAAAAAAAAUUUGUAAGACCUGAUUCUCCCCCCAUUAAAUAGGGCAGAAUUAUACCCUUAGUAACAAUUACAGUUGCACUAACUUUGUCUAUCCAAGGAUUAUGUAAUAAUGUGAUGACAUGUUAAAUAUUUCCUGUGUACUGUGUUGAUUGCUUAUGUAAUGAUCCUUAUGGUAAUGUUUCUUCACAAAGAAACUCCACUGAAGUUCACUUUGCAUGGCACUAACUUUACUUAGUCAUUUGCAAGUAAUCUGCGUAACUUGCGUCCUCCUUAAAAAGAAAGCAUUCCUGCUAUCCUUAGUUUGCUAUGUUGGAAAUAAAAACGUCAACCAUGACAAGGUAAUACAACUUUGAUCCAUGAUGGACAAAUUUCUGCAUCAGAACUGUAAUUUCACAGCUUUUUAAGACUGCGUAAGUUGACAUUUUAGUAAUUCAUUUUUAUCUGUCAUUGCUGAUGGUAAAUAUACAUUUAAAUUCAACUCUACCACAAACCUUUAGCUUCUUCAGCCUGUUGCUCUGGCUGAUGCUCCUAUUGUCUUUAAACUUCUAGCCUACUGUGGAAGUUCUGGUGAAGGAACUGUGGAAUUACACUAAACCAGUUAUACUGGCAACUCACUGAAACCUAACUCAUUAGAAUUUUGACUAUUAUCUUAUGUCAUAAGAAGUGAGAGUAAAAAUGAAAUACCUAUCUGGAAGUGUUUUGAGAGUAUUCAUGCCACAUUAAGAAAUGCACGUUAGCAGGGUAUAAGAAAAAGUGCAUGUUAACAGUAUAAUUCUGUUUUGACAUUGGAACCUUGUAUAAUAUGGUCUGUUUUUCAUGGCUCUAUUUGUGUGGUUUUCAGGAUUAUCAAACUAGUGUUUGAAAACUAAAACCAAGCCAUGAGAAUUCACGUGUACCUACAUCAAAUCUUAAGAGCAAGCACACAUAACGAGGUUACUAGGCUGUCAGAGAGCUUGAAGUGAAAGCUUAAAAGCUUAGUUCCUCUUUGCAUAGUUAUUCAGUAGACAUUCAUAGUGGAUCUGUGCAUUUGAAAUGACUAGGAAUAUUGCCCAAGAGGUGCAGAAGUGUUCUACUUGAUCUCCUGCUGUAUUCUCAUCACAUUUCUCCAAGCAUCUUAGUUUCCUCUGUACUAACAUUCUGUGACAACUCGAGUUGCAACUUUACCUGUUCUUUUCUUCGAAUUUGGCAUGUGUGUAAUAUGCAAUGUAGAUAUGCGCUUAACAUAGUAUGUAUUUUAUACACAGUUGCAGAUUUGCACCUUUUAAUUUCAAAGUAUCUUUAGGUUCACCUUUUGCAUAUGCUGUGCAAAGAAACACAAACAGCUCUCAGAUGGUUCUGAUAGUUUAUUAUAACUUUGCAUUCAGUGAACUCAUAUUUUUAGAUCAGGUAUGUGUGUAAAUACAAGAUGUAUUUUAUAAAAAGUUUUGAAUUAAACUUGUUUACAGAAUGUAUAAAGCUUAUUUAUAUUUACUGAAUUAACACACAUAUAUAUUCCUAUAUCUGUCAUCAAUUUCAUGCUCUGAGGCUGUAAAUAAAUUUUGGGGAUAAUAAGUGUACAA